AUAUACAAAAAGAACAAAAUCAAGUUCAACUCAACAUAGAAUCAAUUUUGCAAGGAGCACCACGACCUUCACAAAGAAGACAAGAUUAUGAGCGUGAAGAUCGAAUUCAAAAAGUAUAUAAUGAUUGUGAAAAUAGAUCACUUAUGGAUUUUUUACGAGGAAUUGCUCAUAAUCUUUCAUUUUAG